CCUAGACAGUGCUGGCACUUAGGCAGUGGCGAGCGGGCACAGGCGGUGCCGAGCGGACACCUAGGCUGGAAGGACGCCCGAUGAAAGAGCAUGGGGUUUUGGCCUUAAGCUCCAACUCGUCUCACGCAAACUGGGAAACCGAUUAGAUGAAAAUCGGUGGAGAACUCACCAGCUGUCAUAUCAGACGGGAACGAAAGGGGCCGCGGCGGCUCUUUGGUGUGGACUCCGUAGUUUUUUCUUUCUCGCUCGUGUCUCUGCAUGGUGUGCACUUGGUACUUUUGGAUUUCUUACGCAGCCUCCUGCAUGGAGCUUGAAACACUCAAAUCGUGCGACACACACACACACAGUUGACAAGCAUAGCAUUGGUUCAGGCUCAAGGCCAACCCAAGUUGUAGCAUCCGUAGGAUUGCGAGCUUUGGGCGAGCGCCCCUGUAAAUACCUCAAGUGUUUAAAGUCCCAAUCUUUUCUGACGUUCAAAGAUCGUCGGAAGAGCUGAGGAUUCCGAUUUUCAUUUUGAGCAGCUGACUUGCAUAGAUGGAAGAAUGUGAGUUGAGAGAUGGCUGGUCACGUGUUUGCAUAGGCCUUCCCCCGGUGCUGAUACAAGUUUUAGUCGGCCUGCUUUGCUCAAUCGUCACAAUGCUGGUUGGACUCUUCGCCGUUUACGUCUACUUGUCCAGGAGGGCCAAACGACCACGAGCUCGCAGCCUAAGCUUUGGCUUGAUGACUUUUGGCUUUCUACUCGGACUUCCCAGCUUUCUGUGGCACGCGGCGAAUCCAACACUCCUGCCAUCUACGCAUGUGGGGCUGCAUGCAACCUUCGUUGUGGGUGAUGUCAUUGACCAUGUGGGCUUCGUGAUGCUCAUUUACUGGGACAUCGUGAAUGAGGGAGUUCGAUUGGCACUUGCCUUGGAUCCCAAGGGUAGGAAACUUGGCUUGCGCAUGAGCACAGCAAUGGGAGUCAUUUGCAUUGUGGUACAGAUCGUUUUUCUUGUUCCCUUUUGGAUCUUGAUAUACACCGUUGACACGGACUGGCAACGAUCCACCCUUUGCAGCGCCUUUGCCGUGAUGCAGUACGUUAUCGUGUUUGGUGCUGUGCCAUCAUUCAUUUUUGGGACGUUAGCCUGGAGGUUGAGAAGUUUGUGGAAAGAUUUGCCUGGAGACAUACCUCUUCACUUGCUCUACCGCUUGCGUUACACGCAACUCUGCCUUACUUUGCUGACGCUUCUUGGCGUAACGGACGGCAUUCUUGGACUGACAGUGGCUUUGGUUCCCUUCUUCACAGUAUUAUCUGGCUUCCUCUACGACUGCGUGGCCUUGCUUUCACUGAGCAUACUCACGCUGGUGCUGUUGGGAAUCGAAGUGUUUUUAACAUAUCAGAAAGCCAGACACAGGACCAACCGUCCAUGUCAAUUGGAUGCUUCCGAAGUACUUGGAGUGGUUCAGAGCGGGGUGUCCCUCUUGAAGAUCACGAGCCCAGCACCUUCAGCGCCUUGCGCGCCGCCAGCGCCUGGCAUGCGCCCAGCCGGCCCAGGUCUUUCCCGCACCUGGAGCCGCCUGGGCCCCGUGAUGCCUCCGGUCUGGGAACGUGGCUUGGGCCAGGGCAUCGCGGAGACUUUUCAGGAGAUCUAUGGAGGAACGUUGAACUCCGCGGAUUGCAUGGAAGAUCCGCCCACCAGCGAGGUUUGCAUUCACCUCGUGAAGCCGAUGACCGCGCCGGCCAGAUGCUCCAUGUGGGAGUGCCUGGCAGCGGGAUUCACGUCCAACAGUCAUGUCUGUGCAGGGGCUCCGCGCAGACGACAUUUGGCCAGGCCAACAGUAAUGGUUAGUCACUGCUGGGCAAGUUCAUACCGAGAGCUCAUGCUGAUCAUGAAACGCUAUGACGACAACACGGAUAGGAGCAACUACUUCUUUGUGGAUGUCUUCAGCAUGAAUCAGCAUGAUUUUGCGGACCUCGGCACGUACUCGGAGAGUGCUGAGCCUCCAGACAUGUAUGACAUGAUGCUCGAUGCCCUGACGCGAUCCAUUAAGGUUCCCGGCUGCAUGUUGUUGGCUAUGGUACCUCAUGAAAACUCGAAGAUGCUGACGAGAUCAUGGUGUCUCUAUGAGAUCUACAUUGCAUGGAAAGUCAAAGCUGAAGUUUCUUGUGGCUUCAUUCCAGAAGCUGAGCAAGUCAUGAAGCAAAGCUUGACAAAAGACGACCGCUUCAUCCGCCGGAUGCUCAGCAAAAUAAAUGCCGAAGCGUCGUCCGCCACCGUCAAAGCCGACCGCGACAUGAUUCUGAAGCUUAUCCACAGUGCUGGGGUUGACAGGUUCAACUCCUUCGUGCGCGAAAAGCUGCGCACCUCAUUGCGAGUUGUAGCCUUGACCACUUUGCGCGAAGUCGAGGGCAAGGACAUGGAAAUCGAGGAUGUUUCACUCAGGAGCCCGGGGAGUUGGGGGAGUCCGAGCAGCCCGGGGAGCGCUCCGGACACGCCCCGAAGCCGAAGCGCUUUCGUCCAUCGGGAUCGUGAAGACGAGUCUGAUGAGAGCAGCUUCUCCAUCUGAAAGAAAAAAAAGCGCUGCUUUGCAACCGAGCAAAAAGGUUUGUAAUUUUUGUAAUUCUGCAGACUCGGUCUCAUGAAUGAUCAUCUCCAUG